UUUUUUUUGCGUUAGCGCACGAGCUUCACUCAAUUAUUCUUUCCGAAUUAGUACAGAACGCAGUGAAACCUCGACACGGGACGUCCACGACUACUUUAAUGGACUAAAACAUCACUCAUUAAACCUUCGUGUUCGGUUAAGCUCGUCUCGGCGCACUUUGGAGCUUCUCGGCCUCGCUUAUCCUAGCUUAUCCUAGCCUUGCUAGCCGCUAACAAAGGCCCCGCGUUUGUUGGCAACGCAUCGCUCAGAGAACAGAUCGAGUGCGAGCGUAAAUGUUUGUCAUUGUCGUGUGAAAAUGUUUGCGAGAGCGACAGCGAAGGACGAGGAGGAAUUUUGUGAAGCAAAAGACGAGAACGAGCGACAGCGUCAACUUGCGGACGCUGCUUUCAAGAAUCCUCGAGCUGACGUCAGUGAAAAGUAUCUUGGUCCUGAGCAGCAGGAGCCCGAGUCCCCUGAUAUUAAAGAGGAGGACAAAGAGCCCCGCCACAUCAAAAAUGAGGAGGCGCAGCCGCUGAAAGUUAAAGAGGAGGAACCGGCGAGCCUGUACAUUAAAGAGGAGGAAGAUUUCACAGAGUUUCCAGUAACUUGUGUCCUCUUGAAGAGUGAAAAUGAAGGUCAAUGUGAGGAGAAUAGUGGGGCGGAGCCUCCAAGCAGCAGCUCAUGUCCACACGUGAAAACGGAAGGCGACGGAGACGACUGUGGAGGAUCACGAGCAGACAGCCUUUUGGCUCCAAUAUCGGAUAGUGACGACGUAACGUCACACUCUCCUGACACUGAUGAUGAUGAUGACGACGACGACAACCAGUCAGAAGAUGUCAGUGUACAAUUUCUUCGUCCUGGGCAGCAGGAGCCGGACUCCCCCGGCAUUAAAGAGGAGGCGGCGUCGGAGCGGCCUCAUGUUAAAGAGGAGCAAACGCAGCCCCACGACAUCAAAAAGGAGGAGAAAGAGCCAUCAUACUUUAAAGAGGAGGAGGAUCUCACACAGUUUCCAGUGACUGGUGUCCCUCUCAAGACUGAAGAUGAAGGCGGGAGUGAGGAGAACAGAGGGGCGGAGCCUCCAAGCAGCAGCUCAAGUCAACGCAAAACAGAAGGUGAUAGAGACAACUGCGGUGAAUCGCAAGCGGACAGCCUCUUAACGCCACUAUCAGAACCUGACGACACAAUGUCACGCUCUGAAGAUGAUGAUGAUGAUGAUGAUGAUGAUGAACAGACUGAAGGUGAUAUGACACGUCAUAUUGAAAACAAAAGCUGGAAAUGUUCUCGGUGCGGGAAAACGUUCGUCUACGAGUCUCUUUGGAAAAAGCAUAUGACGGUCCACACUGGAGAGAAACCUUUUGCCUGCUCAGUUUGCAGUAAAAUGUUCUCUCUGAAGGAAAGCUUAGAAAAUCACACAACAACACACACUGGAGAGAAGCAGUUUUCCUGCUCAGUUUGCGGUCAAAGAUUCUCACUACAGGGAAACUUAAAAGCGCACAUAAGAAUACACGCAGGUGAGCAAUCUUGUGCCUGCUCGGUUUGUGGCCGAAGCGUGUUUACACGGGGAACCUUAAAAAGACAAUCAGAAACACACAAUGGAGAGGAGCCUUUUGCCUGCUCAGUUUGUGGUCAAAGCACAUCUACACAGAGAACCUUAAAAAGUCUCUCAAGACCGCACACCGAUGUCAGUGAACAAUAUCUUCGUCCUGAGCAGCAGGAGUCGGACUCCCCCGGCAUUAAAGAGGUCGCGGCGUCAGAGAGGCCUCGUGUUAAAGAGGAGGUGCAAAUGCAGCCCCGCGACAUCAAAAAGGAGGCGCAAGAGCCCUCAUACUUUAAAGAGGAGGCUGAUAUAACGCAGUUGCCCGUGACUGGUGUCCCUCUCAAGACUGAAGAUGAAGGCGGGUGUGAGGAGAACAGAGGGGCGGAGCCUCCAAGCAGCAGCUCAAGUCAACACACGCAAACACAAGGUGAUGGAGACCACCGCGGUGGGUCGCAAGCAGUCAGGCUCUUAACUCCACUAUCAGAUCGUGACGACACAAUGUCACACUCUGAAGAUGAUGAUGAUGAACAGACUGAAGGUGAUAUGGCACGUCAUAUUGAAAACAAAAGCUGGAAAUGUUCUCGGUGCGGGAAGACCUUUGUCUAUGAGUCUCUUUGGAAAAAGCAUAUGAUGGUCCACACUGGCGAGAAACCUUUCGCCUGCUCAGUUUGCAGUAAAAUGUUCUCUCUGAAGGAAAGCUUAGACAGUCACAGGACAACACACACUGGAGAGAAACCGUUUGCCUGCUCAGUUUGCGGUCAAAGAUUCUCUCUACAGGGAAACUUAAAAGCACACACAAGAAUACACGAGAACUUUUGUGCCUCCUCAGUUAGCAGUCAAAGCACAUCUACACAGGGAACCUUAAAAAGUCACGUAACACACGUUGAGGAAAAACCUUUUUCUUGCUUAGUCUGUGGUAAAAGAUUCUCUGAACAGGGAACCUUGAAAAGACACACAAUAAUACACGCUGAUGAGAAAUCUUGUGCCUCCUCAGUUGCCAGUCAAAAUAUAUCGACUAAGGGAACCUUAAAAAGUCACUUAACACGCAUUGAGGAAAAACCUUUUUCUUGCUUAGUCUGUGGUAAAAGAUUCUCUGGAAAGGGAAACUUGAAAAAACACACAAGAAUACACACUGGUGAGAAACCUUUUGCUUGCUUAGUUUGCGGUCAAAGAUUCUCUUCAAGUUCAUACUUAAAAACACACACAAGAAUGCACACCGGUGAGAAACCUUUUGCUUGCUUAGUUUGCGGUCAAAGAUUCUAUUCAAGUUCAUACUUAAAAACACACACCAGAAUGCACACCGGUGAGAAACCUUUUGCUUGUUUGGUUUGCGGUCGAAGAUUCAACCAGCAACAACCCUUAAACGUUCACAUAAGAACCCACACUGGUGAGAAACCUUUUGCUUGCUUAGUUUGUGGAAAAAGAUUCUUUGAAAAGGGAAUCUUGAAAAAACACACAAGAGUACACACUGGUGAGAAGCCGUUUGCUUGUUCUGUUUGUGGUCGAAAAUUCUCUUCACAUAAAUACUUGCAAACACACACAAGAACACACACUGGUGAGAAACCUUUUGCCUGUUUGGUUUGUGGUAAAAGAUUCCCUUCCAAGGAAUACUUAAAACAGCACACAAGAAUACACACUGAUGAGAAACCUUUUGCUUGCUUAGUUUGUGAUCAAAGAUUCUUUACAAAUACAUGCUUAAAAGAACACACAAGAAUACACACUGGUGAGAAGCCGUUUGCCUGUUCCGUUUGUGGUCAGAGAUUCUCUCGAAAGGGAAACUUUAGACAACACACAAGAACACACACCGGUGAGAAGCCUUUUGCUUGUUUGGUUUGUGAUCAAAGAUUCUCCUCAACGGAGUACUUAAAAAAGCACACAAGAACACACACUGAUGAGAAGCCAUUUGCCUGUUCCGUUUGUGGUAAAACAUUCGGCAGGAGUGGAUGCUUAAACAUUCACAUAAGAACUCACACUGGUGAGAAGCCAUUUUUCUGCUCCGUUUGUGGCCAAAGAUUCUCUCAAAGGGGAAACUUGACAGAUCACACAAGUAUACACACUGGCGAGAAGCCGUUUGCCUGUUCCGUUUGUGGUCAAAGAUUCAGGCUUAAGGGAAUCUUAAACGCACACAUGAGAACCCACACCGGACAGAAAGGAGAAAGAUUCACUCACAAGGAUUAGAUUAAGAAACAAGUGUGUUGAUGGGGAUACCAUUGAUGAAUGAAGUUGUUUAAUUUCGAUUGCAUUGAUUGUACCCAUCUUCUUGGAUUCGUGCUGGACCUUCCUAAAAGCCUCGUCUGCGUGUGUUGAGAAUUGCCGCUGGUCCUGAAACGGUAAAAGCAAUGUAUCUCGUUUGUGUGAUGCGCUUAUCGAAUGCUGUCAGUGAAUGAUUAAAAUAGACUGUAGAAACUUGGACUCUUUGUGGAAAGAGUUUGCGAUUCUAAUUACAACUCUUUAAACAACGAUAACUCGAUUUUAUUCAUUUAUCAAAUAAAUGCACCCGUUGAAUUUUCAGCCUGGCCCCAAGAAUUAGAAUAUUUGUUAUAUUUGUCUUUUUAAAGACAAUUAAACUGAAAUUAUUUAGAAGUUUGUCAUACUACAGAGAAUAGUGUUAAC